AUGGUCCAAGUAACUUCAAUGAUCUUUGGUCUUGCUGCCAUGAUCAUAGCGGAAGCUGCACCCAAAAGUCUCAGCGACAAUUUACCUGCGUACGAAAUCCCUGAUUUUGACUACCAAACCCUUAGCAGUGGAAACACACCCAACGAUGUUCUUACCGCACUAAAAAAAGAUGGGAUCAUUAGUUUUACUAACGUACCAUCGUACGCCCAAGUGCGUAGCACGUAUCUCAACUUGGCCGCCACCUGUGCAGUUUCGGCAAAAGAGACUAAUGCCGAGUUCUUACUACAAAAGACACUCACAGAUGGUACAAAGCGGUACACCAUCAGUGCAGUGUCCGGUCAAGAUACCGAUGCCUCAGCCACCGAAACCGACAAGAUGUGUCCGGGUUACAAACAAGUUUACGACGAAUUUUCAUCUCUGUUGGAGAUGGUUGUACUCACAGUCGCGACAACACUUGAUGCUACCACCUUCACUACCAAAGAUGGCUACGGUAAAUCCAUCUCGAGUCGAAAACUCUUGAUGGAGGCUGCUCAUGUCGACCACUUUCAUGCGUACUUAAACCCGCAUCAAAGCGAACGUCAGCUCCAGCAAUCAAACUCUGUAAUUCAAUCUUCGUCUGAUUAUUCACUUGAGUUACAUACGGACGAUGGCAUGUUCAUUGUGUUUGCUACACCCAGUUUCUACAAAGUCGACACCAACUCGACGAAUUAUACGCUUGAAUCUCUAUCAACUGAUAGCACCGAUCAUUCUGAAACGGGUCUCAUCAUUCAGCUCCAUGACGGCCAGCUCGUGCGUCCAAUUCUCAAACCCAACCAAAUUACGCUCAUGGUAGGAACGG